AUGAAACUGGACAGAAAGAAGGAUUUCAAAAAAAAGCUUGUAACAUGCUUUUCGCUGUUGCAAGUUUCGGAUCCCAUCAAGGUGAUCGUCGAUGAGACAUUCAUCCACCUGUGUAUUGUGCACAAAAUUCCCAUGAAAGAAGAGCUAGCUAAAUUGAUAAACAGACAACUGAUGCUGAUGACCACAAAAUGCAUCUCCACUUGCGCGAAAAAAACACAUAAUGAAGAAACAGCCUACGGAAUUAGGAAGAUAACUCAUUACAAGUGCAACCACAAUGAUGAUAAUGUGAGAAACUCUGUGGACAUGUUUUUAAAAAAGAUGAAUAGUGAAAGGAACUCCCCUUUUUCAGUGAAUAAUUUUUUCGAAAAUGAGAUUUCCGUUACGCACAAUUUUGACAGUGUGUGCAAUGUGAAGGGGAAUCCAAGUAGGGGAAAAGCACUCAAUGGGGAUGAAGCACCGCAGACCGUCUCCGCGGGGGUGGAAACUCAGCAGGUGGAAGAAGAAACCAAUACGGAAGUAAAUCAGCCAGAGGGGGAAGGUGCACCAAAAGGCGAGGAAGCCACUACAGAGGAGAAACAACCAAAGGAGGAGGAAUCGCAAAAUGUUGGACAGAGCGAGUGGAAAGUUCAGCUUUCCGAUUCCAUGAAAUGCAUAAUCGAUUUAGUAAAAAAUAACAACGAGAAGAAGUUUUUUGUGGCAACCAACAAUAACGAGUUGAGAUCAUUCCUCAGGAAAGUUUUUAUCGUUCCCAUCAUCUACAUCAGCGAGGGGGGCACCAUCAAAAUGGAAAACCUCUCCACGAAGAACACGAACAAGAAGGCAGUUGUGGAGUUACGCAAGAUGAAAAUGCUUAAAUGGGAACGGGAACUCAAGAUGUCGGAGCAGAAGAGGGACAAGGAUAAAGUGAAAAAAAAUGGGAAGAAAAAAAAAAAAACGAGGGGGAGAAAUGGGAGGUAG